AUGACCAUGGUAGAAGGGCAGACAAGCGUCGGCGAUCUUGAACACGACGAGGAUGAGGAGGAGCCUAACGGAACCGAGAAGGCCAAGGCGAAAGACGCCAUGGAUGAAGAUGAGGAUGAGGUUGACCCGCUCGAUGCGUUCAUGAGCGGCGUCAAGGAGGAAGUUAAAAAGGUCAACCUGGAGGACAUGAAGAAGAUGAUGGCUAAUGGUAAUGGCCGCGUCCGCCUCGAUAGCGGCGUAUUGGAUGAGGGUCCUGAGGACACUGCUGACGGGUACGAAGUCGAUGAGCUGGAUGCUACUGACUUGAACCCGGAGGAUAUUUUGGCGUUGGCCGCAAAGAAGGCGAAGAAGAAAGAUCUUGCUGCCGUGGAUCACUCUCGCGUCGCUUACGAGCCAUUCCGGAAGGAAUUCUAUGUCGCACCACCAGAUGUGGCUGCCAUGACUGACGAAGAAGCUGAUCUUCUGCGACUGGAGUUGGAUGGUAUUAAGAUUCGUGGUGUGGAUUGCCCAAGACCAGUGACGAAGUGGAGUCAUUUUGGCUUGCCGGCCAGCUGUUUGGAGGUUAUUAAGAAGCUGAACUAUGCAGCACCGACGCCUAUUCAAGCGCAGGCCAUUCCGGCCAUCAUGUCCGGCCGAGAUGUCAUUGGUGUUGCGAAGACGGGUUCCGGAAAGACAAUAGCAUUCCUGCUUCCUUUAUUCCGUCAUAUCAAAGACCAGCGGCCUCUCGAACAAAUGGAGGGUCCGAUCGCCGUGAUCAUGACCCCGACACGAGAGUUGGCCGUCCAGAUCCACAGAGAAUGUAAGCCGUUUUUGCGAGUCUUGGGUUUGAGAGCUGUCUGUGCCUACGGUGGUUCACCCAUCAAGGACCAGAUCGCAGAAAUGAAGAAGGGUGCGGAGAUCAUUGUUUGCACUCCUGGUCGCAUGAUCGACCUGCUUACCGCAAACUCCGGGCGUGUCACCAACCUCAAACGUGUGACGUAUCUUGUACUCGACGAAGCGGAUCGGAUGUUCGAUAUGGGUUUCGAACCCCAAGUCAUGAAGAUUGUCAACAAUAUUCGACCAGAUCGUCAGACUGUCCUGUUUUCUGCUACGUUCCCAAAGCAGAUGGACUCGUUAGCGCGAAAGAUUCUGCACAAGCCUCUCGAGAUCACCGUUGGCGGCAGAUCGGUAGUGGCGCCGGAAAUUGACCAAAUUGUUGAGGUGCGGGACGAGGAUUCCAAAUUCAACCGGCUUCUGGAGAUCCUUGGCCAGACAUAUAAUGAGGACCCUGAGUCGCGGACACUCAUCUUUGUCGACAGGCAAGAAGCCGCCGAUAAUCUGCUCCGCGAGCUCAUGCGCAAAGGCUAUUUGUGCAUGUCCUUACACGGCGGCAAAGACCAAGUUGACCGAGACUCGACGAUCGCUGAUUUCAAGUCGGGAGUUGUGCCCAUCGUUAUAGCGACGUCAGUAGCAGCGCGCGGUCUAGAUGUGAAGCAGCUGAAGCUCGUCAUCAACUAUGAUGCGCCGAAUCAUAUGGAGGACUAUGUUCAUCGCGCUGGUCGAACUGGUCGUGCGGGCAAUCAAGGGACUUGUGUCACUUUCAUUACGCCGGAACAGGAUAGAUAUUCCGUGGAUAUCUACCGGGCGUUGAAGGCCAGUAAUGCUACUGUCCCGAAGGAAUUGGAAGAUCUGGCCAAUGGAUUCCUGGAGAAAGUCAAGUCCGGCAAGGCCAAGGUUGCCGGCUCAGGUUUCGGUGGUAAAGGUCUGGACAGGCUCGAUCAGGAGCGUGAUGCAAAGGAAAAGGCAGAACGGAAAGCAUACGGCGAGCCGGAAGAGGAGAAGAGCGUGGAAGAGCCUGUCGUUAAGGCUCCGGUGACUGAUGAUAUGACGUUCGGCAGCUUCAAGGUCGAGGUCAAGCGCGGUCCUGCACCCGACUCAUCCAAGGGCCUCCUCGGUGUUGCCGGUGCGGCAGCCGCAGCUCGGCGGCUGGCUCAGGCGAAAGAGGAAGAGAAGAUCCAAAAUUCGUUGCGUGCCGCGGAGGAAGCUGCAGCGAGAGCAGGCAAAGACACUGCCGCUCACAAGCAAGCAGUCAGCGUGGUAGCGAAGCUCAACGCUCAGCUCAGAGCGCACAAGCUUGUUGCGCAGUCGCAAUUGCAGCACGAGGAUCUCAUUGGCAAGAAGUCGAGUGUAGAUGCGACGGAGUUCCACGCUAUCAUACCCAUCAACGACUACCCGCAGAAGGCGAGGUGGCGUGUCACAAACAAAGAGACCAUGGUCCAGCUCAUCGACAUGACGGGUGCUUCGGUCACCAACAAAGGUGUCUAUUACGAACCAGGGAAGGAGCCUCCUCCGGAAGGCCCCCCGAAGCUGCACCUGCUUAUCGAGUCCAACGAGGAAUGGAGGGUCGAGCAAGCAGUGCGGGAGAUCAAGCGACUACUCGUGGAAGCUUCGGCGGCAGCUUUGCAGGCAGAAAUGCGCAAUCCUACUGCUACUGCAGGCCGGUACAGCGUUGUGUAG